AUGCGGGUUGUUGUUUCCCCACGGGUGUUGCCAGUGGAGAGGCAGCAGCACGCUGCCUGUGGCGGCAAAACAGUUCACAUCAAGGUAAUUGAUGAUGAGGAGUAUGAAAAAAACAAGAAAUUCUUCAUUGAGCUGAUGAGCCCCCGCAUGGUGGAUAUGAGUUUACAGAAAGGUGUAGUACUGGCCCUGCAGACUAACAUUAACGUUCUUCUUUCCUCUUCUCUUCCAUCUCCUCCCUCCUCUUCCUCUGAUGUCUCUCUGUCUCACUCCAACUGCUCUGCCCUAAACACUGCUGUGCGCACACACUGUGUCACAUGGAAGACCGUAAGGGUUAAGAUAGUAGAUGAGGAGGAAUACGAAAGGCAGGAGAAUUUCUUCAUUGCCCUUGGUGAACCGAAAUGGAUGGAACGAGGAAUAUCAGCCCUGCUUCUCACCCAAGAGGUGGCUGAGAGGAAGCUGACGGUUGAAGAGGAGGAAGCCAAGAGGAUUGCAGAGAUGGGCAAACCAAUACUCGGCGAGCAUCCCAAACUAGAAGUCAUCAUUGAGGAGUCCUAUGAGUUCAAGAGCACCGUGGACAAGCUGAUUAAGAAGACAAACCUGGCUUUGGUUGUAGGAACACAUUCCUGGAGGGACCAGUUCAUGGAGGCCAUUACCGUCAGCGCAGCGGGUGAUGAGGAUGAGGAUGAGUCCGGCGAGGAGCGCCUGCCGUCCUGCUUUGAUUACGUGAUGCAUUUCCUGACCGUCUUCUGGAAGGUGCUGUUUGCCUGCGUGCCCCCUACUGAGUACUGCAACGGCUGGGCCUGCUUCGUCGUCUCCAUCCUCAUCAUCGGUAUGCUCACGGCUGUCAUCGGCGACCUUGCCUCCCACUUCGGCUGCACCAUUGGCCUCAAGGAUUCAGUGACCGCCGUCGUCUUUGUCGCCUUUGGCACUUCUGUACCAGACACAUUCGCCAGCAAAGCCGCAGCCAUCCAGGAUGUGUACGCCGAUGCGUCCAUCAGCAACGUCACAGGCAGCAAUGCCGUCAACGUCUUCCUGGGCAUCGGGCUGGCGUGGUCAGUGGCAGCAAUCUACUGGGCAUCACAGGGGCAGGAGUUCCAGGUGUCAGCAGGCACCCUGGCCUUCUCCGUCACCCUCUUCACCAUCUUCGCCUUCAUCUGCAUCAGCGUCCUCCUCUACCGCCGGCGACCUCACCUCGGGGGAGAGCUGGGUGGCCCUCGGGGAUGCAAACUGGCCACGACGUUGCUCUUUGUCAGCCUCUGGCUGCUGUACAUCCUCUUCGCCACCCUGGAGGCCUAUUGCUAUAUCAAGGGGUUUUAG